AUGCCGACUACACCAACCCCGUCCAGCCCUAUCGUCUUUUACGACAUCGCCCAACGGCCACCCGUGGAGAAAACGUGCUGCGCGCCAAACCCCUGGAAGACCAGGCUGGCUCUCAACUUCAAGGGUCUCCCAUACUCCACCUCGUGGGUCCCCUUGCCCGACAUAUCCAAAGUCCGCCGUAGCCUCAAGGUCUCGCCCUGCCGUAAAUUCGCCGAUGGCUCCGACUUCUUCACGCUGCCCAUCAUCGAGGACCCCGCCACCGGCUCGCUGGUCGGCGACUCGUUCGACAUCGCGGUCUACCUGAACGAGACGUACCCGGACUCGGGCGCGGGCGACCUGUUCCCCCCGCAGGCGCUCGACUACACCUACGAGCACGACGGCAUCCUCGUGCCGUUGUCCUCGUGCCGCGACAGUGCGUUCCCCGAGUACGCCCGGUUCAACAUGAACGUCGACGCGGCCUUCUCGAUGCACGUGCAGCUCACGGUCGACGGGUUCCCGUUCGACCCCGCCACCGCCGAGACCACCAAGGCCGAGUUCGUCCGGCGCGCGGGCGUCUCGAGCUUCGAGGACUUCGCCUUGGUUGGCGAGCGGCGGGAGCAGAUGAAGGACUCGCUCCGGGACACGCUGGGCGGCCUGGCGAAGCUGUUCCUGAGAGACCCUGGCGGGCCGUUCCUCCUUGGGACCAGAGCAAGCUACGCCGACUUGAUCGUCGGCGCGUGGCUGCGGAUGAUGCGCGCGACUCUGCCGGAGAGCGAAUGGGAGGAGGUCCGGACUUGGCAUACGGGUCUUUUUGGGCAGCUGCACGACGCGUUAGAGGCGUAUGCGAAGGUGAAAUAG